AUGGAGAUAGACGCCGCACUCGCGUGUGAUGACGAUAUUCAACAUUCUCCUCCCCAACUACCGUACCAAACGUUACCACUUCAGGGCCCCAACAAUCAUGCGCAUCAAGUAUUGCCACUUCAUCCAUUCAACAACGUGACCGCAACUCAACCUCCGGGUUUUGCUUCUCAGCCAUUAAACCCAAUCUCUCCAGACCAUUCCUCUGAUAUAUUUAGAGGUGCCAGUCUAGACAUCGAGAGAGGAAGGGGUCUCCCACGUCUACCAAAUGCGUGGGGUGAAACGAGUGAUGACGACGACGACUUCUGGGAUGGUAUGCAUGAUGACCCAAUUCCUCCUCCCCCCCAGCCGAGACCAACACAAGGUCUUUUAUCACUAUCCCAGCCCGCAAAGCCAUGUCAGAUGACAGCUAGAGCAACUGUUACGCUUCUUAGCGAUGGAGACAGCUCUGGUUCACAAACUGGCUCAUCUGAUGGACUCAUUGCUGAUAUCACUCAUAUCAGGACGCCCCCGCUGUUAGGGAUUCCGGUUCACUCACAUCAUCGACCUGUUGGUGGAGGAACAUUUGAACAAGGAUCAAAGCAACCAAUAGACGACAUUGUAUACGUCGGCAUGAUUUUCAAAAGCAGGGAAGAGUUCAAACACCACAUGGCUAAAUAUGCGAUCAAAAAUAAAUUCCGGUUUCGUAACUCAAGGUCUUCUCCAGAUGGGAUGGUAUUACGAUGCUUUAGUAGCACUUGUAACUGGCGUGUAUACGCCAAAAGGAUGAAAAACGUAACUUCCUACGAAAUUCGAAGAGUUGACUUGCAACACACGUGUUCUGUUGAUUCACGUGCUGGGUAUCAAAGCCAAGCUACACAUUCGGUCAUUUGGGAGAUGAUGAAAGCCAGGUUUGGCGGUAGUGGCGCUGGACCUCGUCCUGGAGAAAUAAGACAGGUCAUGCAAGGUGACCACAAUGUCCGUAUUUCAUAUUGGAAAGCUUGGAGAUCUAGACAAAUUGCUCUGGACUUUGCUAAAGGAUCUUCUGGCGCUUCUUUCAACCUGAUUCCAGACUACCUGAAGCAGUUGGUUCAAGCAAAUCCAGGGACGAAGACAGCUUUACAUACGGAAUUUGAGGAUGGAGUUGGCCAAAGAUUCAAGUACUUGUUCAUUUCGAUUGGAGCAUGCAUUGAAGGGUAUAGGUAUCUAAGGAAAGUUGUAAUCGUUGACGGAUCACAUCUCCGGGGAAAAUACGCUGGAUGCCUUUUGUCCGCUUGCGCUCAAGAUGGAAACUACCAAGUUUAUCCAUUAGCUAUUGCGAUAGUCGAUGGCGAGAACGACAAGGCAUGCGAGUGGUUCCUUGAAAACUUAUUGGAGGUCGUACCACAGUCUGAGGAUUUGGUAUUUGUCUCGGAUCGCCACUCUUCGAUUUAUUACGCAAUAGCGAAGGUCUAUCCGCUUGCUAGGCAUUGCGCCUGUGUGUUGCAUCUGCAAAGAAACAUAAAGACUCAUUUCAAGAACAAGCAUCUAGGUUACAUGGUUGGAAAAGCGGCUAGGGCUUACAAGGUUUCAGAAUUUUACCGCAUAUUCAACGAGAUCAAGAAGAUAAAUCCUUCCUGCGCAGACUACCUAAUCGGCAUUGGAUUUGAGCACUGGUCGCGUUCCCACUUCAAAGGUCAGAGAUACAACAUCAUGACCAGCAAUGUUGCUGAAUCAUGGAACGCUGUCCUUCGCGAAGCUCGCGAGUUCCCUAUCAAACCACUCGUUGAAUUUAUCAGAGACAAGCUAAUGCAGUGGUUCGCUACUAGAAGAGCUACAACCUGCAUUUCAUCCGACACCCUUACUCCGCGAGUUGCAGAGAUAGUAGCUGCUAAUUUCGACCUCGGGGGUGGAUAUGGCGUGACAAAUGUGAACCGGUCUGAGUAUCAAGUGAGUGACAAGGAAGGAAUUGUCUUCCAUGUCAACCUAGUUAAAAAGACAUGUAGCUGCAACGAGUUCCAGACUCUACUGAUUCCUUGUUCCCAUGUGAUUGCUGCAGCUGUUUUUGGUAAAGUUAGAGUUGAAAGCCUUGUCUCUCAUUUUUACACUCUAGAGAAUCUACUGGUUGCUUAUGAUAUGGACAUACUACCGGUUACAGACUCAGCUCCCACUCCAGUGCCUCUUGAGAUCCAUACUGAUGAUGUUGUUACUGAUGUUAAUGUCGAGUUAAUUCCGCCAACUACUAGACGUCCUCCUGGUCGUCCAAGGAAAUCCAGAAUCCUCUCUCGUGGAGAAAUCAGGAUGAAGCCACAGAGGAAGAAACACAUAUGCAGCCGCUGUAAGGCAAGUGGUCACAACAAGGCUACUUGCAAGAUGCCAAUAUAA